GCGGCCUGAGCAGCUUUCCCGUCGCCAAGCCGAAAUGGGAGACACGCAGCCUGGCAAUCCGGCUGACAAGAUGGCAGCCUCCGGUACUGCUGACCACGCUACCGUCGCUCCAUGUGACGACUUCAUGGCAUUUCAGGAAGUGAUCAAGAAGCUGCGCCGGGUGGACGACCACAUCAUCCACACCCUCAACACGACACUCCCGACAGAGUCCUUCGCCAAGCACCACGACGCGCCGACAUUGUGCAAAGACCUGUACGAACAGCUACGGCGCGCCUACGCUCAGCGGGACGAUGCCAUCAAGCAGUGCCUACAGCAGUCCAAGGACAAGCUGAACCGGCUCCAACAGCAGCGAUCCAGCCAGGACGAUGACCCUGAUAUCCGACGAAAGCUACGCAAGGAGCAGUCGACGCUGCGUCUACUUCAAGGUGAGCUGAACGUGGAAGAAGUGGUCCGUCAGCGCAGCCUCAAGGUGUACCAGGAGAGGUGCCGGCUCUUCUACGUGCCCCCCGGAGUCUGACCAAGGUGUCGUCUAGGACGCCCCAUGUAGAUACGCGAGUUGAAAAUACACAUGCCAAUGUUUUGCAGUA